UUUUUUUCUGUUUUUACAGGUUCAGGCAGUAUCUACAUGGACGAUGUUGCAUGCACAGGGACUGAGACCAGUUUGAUCGACUGCCCGUCCGCAGGGUGGGGGGUUCACAACUGUGGCCACAGUGAGGACGUCGGUGUCGUUUGUUCCACCUCAGCCACGCCAAGCUGCAGUGCGGAUUAUUUCCACUGCAGCAGCGGGUUCUGCAUCUCCUCAGCACUGCAAUGCGAUGGAGCCACAAACUGCCGGGACGGAGAGGACGAAAACUGCGCAGAGAGACUUCGUCUGGUUGGCGGUUCAGGCGCACACGAAGGCCGUCUGGAGGUUAGACCACAGGACAGUUACGUCUGGGGGACGGUUUGUGACGACCGGUUUGACAUGGAUGACGCCGAUGUGGCCUGUAGGAUGCUAGGAUACUCGGAAGCAACCGAAGUCCAUAGUUCCGCGUACUUUGGAGAAGGUACGGGACUAAUCUACAUGGACGAUCUCCAGUGUACUGGGGACGAGAACAGCCUGUUUGACUGCCCGUACGCAGGUUGGGAAGUUCACAACUGUGGUCACAGCGAGGACGUCGGUAUCGUCUGUAACAGCGGGGGUCUCAGUGGCGGUGAAAUUGCUGGAAUCGUCGUGGGGGUGCUGGUAGGCAUCGUCGUACUAACAGUCAUCGUCCAUCAGUGUUCCAAAAGCGGCUCCAACUCUUCUCCCGCCAACCGGGUCGAUCCGAAUAGGAUGAACAACGGGGUGCACGGGCCUUCCACAGCGCCCCAACUCAACACAAUGACUCAACAGCCAGUCGCGCCCAUCACAAUGUCGCAAACGCCCCUACCCCCGAUACCAACAUCUAACAAGACUUACCCGCCACCACAACAGUUCCCUCCCCCUCCUGCCUACAACGCUGCUCUGGCGAUGCCUGCACCGCCUCUGGGCGGACCCAUGCCUUACCCUACCCCCUACCCCAACCAAGACCCGGCAUAUGCCCCUCCACCCCAACCCCCUCCCUCCGACCUACUUCCACCCCCAGAUCCAUCCGUCCCCCCAGCACCAAGAUACCUGCCCCCACUAACUACUACACCACAGCUGCCUCCCCCCUAAGUCCCUACGCAUGUAGUAGGUGAACAUAUAAAGCGAUAGAAGUAUUUUGUUCUUAUAGAAAAUGUCAAAUAAUACACACUUUACCAAUGCUCGCUUGAUUGAUGUUUAUUUUCAAUUGUGCCUUUUUGUGGUUCUAGAUCUGAAAUGGUAUUUGAUUUGAAUAUUGUAAAUUGUUUGUAUUGUAGACAACUAUAAGCUUUGGACACGGUUGUUGAUGUAACGUUAUAUGUAUACAUACUAAACAGUUGGUUAGUUUUGUUUCUUGGUCUUGCUCACAAAUAUGGAAGACACAGGGCAACAUACUCGAUGUAUCAGAAUUAAUUGUGCAUUUUUGAGAUUGAAUGUUGUUAAAGUCUGUCAAUGUCUACAAAUAUAUUUGCUGGAAUUAUGGAGUGUACAUUAAUGUUAUAUUGUACAUAUUUACUAUGCCAUUGAUAUAUGAUUGUAUUCUUGUGAGAAUGCCUUUUUAAAAUUUCUAAAACCAGAUUGAUACAAAGAAGUGUAAAUGAUGUACAAUGUGAUCAAGCUGAAAUAAACUGCUAUUUUUUCACAGA